UUUCAUCAUGGCCGAUUUCUCACAGCGUGCAGUUGAUGUCUCGGCAGUGGUUUGGCAGGUUGAAGGUCAAACUCCGUCUGCGUGUUGUGUUGUUUGCCCGUCCAGUGGAUCUCGAACUGUCGUUCUCUCUGACACGAACCUUCCUGAUAUCACAGCUGAGGAUUUCUCCAAAAUCGACCUCCAUCAGUUCAAGUGGAUCCACUUUGAGGGCCGAAAUGCUGAGGAGCAGAUGAAGAUGAUCCAGCAGGUAGUGAUGUAUAACAGCACAUUGCCAAAGCAAGAAAGAAUCACCCUCUCCGUGGAGAUAGAGAAGACCAGAGAGCCGCUGUAUCAGCUGUUUCCUCACGGUGAUGUGGUGUUUGUCAGUAAGGACGUGGCUCGACACUUUGGCUUCCAGUCUGCAGAAGCUGCUCUGAAAGGACUCUACAGUCGGGUCAAACAGGGGGCCGUCCUGGUUUGUGCCUGGGCAGAAAAAGGAGCAGAUGCUCUGGGUCCUGACGGUUCACUCCUUCAUUCAGACGCUUUUCCUCCUAAAACUCUCGUCGAUACUCUCGGAGCCGGAGACACUUUCAACUCUGCCGUGAUCUACACACUGUCAAAUGGCAGAAGUCUGCAGGACGCUCUGACCUUCGGCUGCACAGUCGCCGGAAGGAAGUGUGGUUUCCACGGUUACGACGGCAUCACUAAAAAGUUCACAGACUGACCAAUGAAUUUAAAUAACGGAA